AUGCUUGAGAAGGUAUUCCACGAAAAGAGCUUCGCCGAUCAGUACACCUAUGGCGCAAAGAUCAGUGAGCUCUAUGCGGAGACACUGGUGGCCGAAUCUGGCAUCGCCAAAUCCCAUCAGAGACCCUUGAUUAUCUUGGACAAUGCCUGUGGGACGGGUUCUAUCUCGAGUACCCUUCAGCGUACUCUUGACAAGAGAAAUAAAAGGAGCUUGAAGUUGACCUGUGGUGAUCUAUCUGAGGGCAUGGUCGACUACACCAAGCAGCGGAUGCAGGCCGAAGGGUGGAACAAUGCUGAAGCAAAGAUUGUGAAUGCCCAGGAUACUGGUCUACCCAGUGAUCACUACACUCAUGUGUAUACAGCAUUUGCCAACUGGUGCACUAUCAUGAAGCCUGUCAUUGCAACUAUGCCGGGACAUCUGCCAUAUCCCACAAUGGAUGAAAUCAACACGAUGCUUAAUAAAGGCUGGGACCGCGAGUCCGACGUACGUGCCGAGUUUGAACAGGCAGGGUUCGAGGAUGUCAACAUCACCACCGUGGAGAAACAAUGUUUACUCCCUGUGCAAGAGUUUGGUGAGGCGUGCAAGAUUCUCCUGCCCUACAUCCUCAGCAAGUUCUGGACACAGGAGCAGCGGGACCGGUAUGAAGCCGACGUGCCAAAAUACUUGAUGCGGUAUCUGGAAAGGGAAUAUGGCAAGGAUGGGCUGGCUCCGAUGAAAGGCGUCGCGAUCAUUGCAACCGGUCGUAAGCCUUGA